AUGGCAUGUGGUGAAAUGCAUCUAAGUUACUUGGUUCUUUUGUCUUCUCACAUUGUUGGCGCUUUAACUGGUCAAAUUUCAAUCGUGAUCAGAGUGCUCUUUGACUUCAAACUUUCAACACACGUGCAAUGGCAAAGCACUGCUGAUAGUAAAGCAGCAAUGAUGGAUGUCAAGAUUUCAGGAAAGACAACAAUAGUAACAGGACAUGCCAUUUUUUAUAAGAUAUGGAUCACAGAUGAAGGCACAAUGCAACGUGCAAAGUUAGUAUGUACUAAUUGGACUGACCACCUCCAACCAAUGAUUCCUGAGGGUCUUGACAAAAGGUCCUUGAAGGACAUCAUUGGUGAGAUUGUCUUUGAUUCUGUUGUUCGUGAACUUGAGAUUCAGAAUGUGAAAGUGUUGUUUGAUAACUACUUCUUAAAGAGUAAACCAAUAACGAUAGAUUUGGGUAAGAAAAUGGUGUUUGAGACACAUUCGUAUUCAUGGUCUGGAAUUGGAACCCUGAAAUUGAGAGAGAUAUGGACAAAACAACCAGUGAAUAGGAUAUGUGCCGACAGUAUUAAAGGGAUAGAGGACAUAACUGAAUUUCUCACCACUGACAAGAAUGCAACUCCUUUGAUUUUUUCAUAG